AGCCCCCAAAUAACUGACUCGGUUUCUUGGCUUCCUCUCUGUAGGAGGAGAUGAUGGAAGCCCUCCUUCAGGCGGGGUCCUUUCUUAUGAAGGUGAAUACCUUACAGGGAAAGAAGAUGGUGGAGAGUGGGCUCCAGUCUGGGGACCUCUCCCUGUCUCAGUCAUGGCCCUCCUGCCUCCCUCUGCCCGCCGACUUGGAGAUCUUGAGGCAGAAAGUGGCCGCGGUGCAAAGGGAGCUGGAGGACUUCAAGAAGGAGGCUCUGCAGGCCAUCGGGUACCUGGAGGACGCCUUCUGCGAGAUGAACAGCGUCCUGGCACAGCAGGAGGAGCAGGCUGCGCGAGUGAAGCAGCGACUGAGGGAGGAGGAGGACCGUGGCAUCGUUCGCAACAAGGUGCUCACCUUCCUUCUGCCCCGGGAGAAGCAGCUUCGCGAGCAUUGCGAGCGGCUGGAGAAGAUGCUGGUCAGGAGCUACGACCCGCUGCGAGUCACCAGGAAGAGCCAGGCAGACUGAAGGCCUGUGCGUGUCCGCCGGCAACUGGAAGAUUGUUUCUUUUCUUUUUUCUUCUUCUUUUUUUUUUUAAUGGAAGGACCAAACUUAAGUCCCCAUUUAUUCCCCUUUCUCCAUUUUUAUUGCUUUCCUGCUACCAAAAUAACACCACGCAGCGGCAAAAAAAAAAAAAAAAAAAGAAAGAGACCUCAAUAUGGUUUUUGAGUGAAGUUCCGUUUAUCCCGCCUCCUCAAGGAAGGAGGCCCCAACACUAAGUCAGACCUGUAACCUUCAUCUCUAAUUGUUUCCUAUUUGUAAUGGUACAGUUGCUUGAAUGUGUAGCAUUUUUCCCCCCUAUAUAUUCUUAAAACUGGUUGUGUUGAACAGAUUUACCUUUCUUUUAAUGACUCCAGGCUUCUGUGAUUUAUCCCUUAGUAGUUGGUUUACUGAGACUGGUCAAUGUGUGCUCUACACGGAGACAGACCAGCGGCUCAGUGAGGGGGAUUGCCCACAUGCUGAACUGGCUCCAGACGGCUGCACGCUGUAAUUUCUGACUGCUCGCCUCGCUGGAUCGUUGUCCACCUUUUUUCCUUACGGCUUUUAUCCAACUCUGCUUCCUCUCGUUUAGCCGGUAGACUGGCUGUUCCGUGGGGUGGACCUUGUCGGAGCUCUGACAGUCGAACUCUCUGGUCACACCUAGAAGAUGGCACACUGAGCAGUGAAAUUGACGCCUGCAUUUGACUCACGAAGCAGGGGUUGCUAGGGUGUGCGGUCAUUUAUGAGACGCUGUACCCCUGUCCCUGAGGGCAGGACAGAACUGACUGCAGGUGGCAGAUCCCUACCCUCUGCCUUUUCUCCGUGUUAAUGGGUGACUAGUGCUCACUUAACAUGCUGCAGCCUCACAAACCCCUGAACCGAUCAGACUGUUUUGGGGCUAGUACCUUCUGGGGUACCCAGACAACCAUAUGUGUGACAGGAGCCAUUAGCAUUCAUCAUGACUGUUUAUAAUCAGUCUGUUUCUUUCUCUGAUCGCUCCCAAAUGCUGUCACACAUCAGCCCGAGGGCCCUGGAGGCCUCUCUAGUCAGGCCUCGUAGUCUGGCCUAUACCCUCUGACCUUCUGUUGCCGCCCCAUUCAUCCUCCUCUUCUAGUCACAGACGCUCUCAAAUAAGAUGCAGAUAUUUGGAUCCUCUCAAGUUGACCUUCACCAAAGGACCUUGUGACCCAUGGUUAAGCACAAUAUCCACCCAUCAACCGUCUGCCUGGAAGGGCUAUAUCUCUAUUGGCUCUGCUGUAGCUGAAGCAGUGACUGUGUUAAUUUAGCAAUUGUAAUAUUGAUAAGCCCAUAAUAAAG